AUGGUCGAAGUGGUUACCAUUGACUCUGACUCCCCUCCCCCGCCAAAGCGACGACGGACAGCAGUGGAGGAUGCAGACACCGUCCACGCACCGCCGAGCGCAAUUGCGCAGACCAACUCUACACUGCAACACAUGCUGGGUGGCAGACAUAAUCGGUGGAUGCAUGGGUUCGCGCCGGGCACUGCACACACUGCACACACUGCAGACAUUGCAGACACUGCACAUACUGCAGAUUUGAACGCGCAGAAUGCAAACGACUCUCACGAAUACACCUCGACGACGAACGCAGUAUCAAACGCGGCAUCAAACGCGGUACCAAACGCCGCCUCCCACCGCCCACACGCUCCUUCCUCGUCGAUAGCCACCGAAGCGAACUCUCGCGCGGCAGGCGCGAACCUCACCACCGUCCACCGUGGAAAUUCGCCUCAAGAGCAGGAGCAACCGAGGUCGGCAGGCCAACAAAUACCAACUUCUCGCGCACCAGCUGGAGCUCCUUCGACUGGACUAGUACAAUAUGAGACGCCGGUCGUGGAAGACAAGAUGCUGAGCCACCCAACAACACAUCCCGCCAUCGCCAACGGCAGCGCAUUCGCGGCUAGUAACAAGAGCAGGAAGGCCGUGGACGCAGCGAGGCCGGGCCUGCAGCCUGGACUGCCUUCACCUGCGCCGAGCGAUGAGAACACCAACUCUCCCACUUUCGCGGUAAACCACCUCCAACUUCAACACGCGCGGAGUCGUCCCUCCCUCCACCAGCUUCGAAUUCCGACUGAAGCAGGCGCGGCAACACCAUCAGCGAGGCCCAUGGCAACCGGAACCUCGCCGGGCCUGACAGGUCCACAACAUGGCGUACAGACACCCCUUCCGCAGCAGCAUACACGCCGAGUAGGCAAUGUUACGCAAACACAGCAGGCUCACGUACAGGUGAACGGUCAUGCGCCUGGACAUCCGGCCUUUUCGCCCACAGCCUUCUCCCUACCCGCAUUUCCCAAUGGCCAGCACCGACGUCCGCCGUCCACCAUUGGCCAACGUCCACAGGGCGCUCCUCCAAUUGCGCCGUCGAAUGGUCAAGCCCUGAACAGUCCAACGCCACCGGUGCCUUCCAACAUUUUUCAGCCAACGUCGCCGCCGCCCUCACGAGUGCCCUCCAAUGUGUUAAUGCAACGUUUGGCCAGCAAGGAGACGGAGCUUGCUGCGAGCAUCGUAUUGAGCCCCACCGACAACGGCCGGAUAUAUCUGCUUCGCGAAGCAAUCCAGAAAGGCGACUAUUUCUACCAGAUGGUCAGUCAACUGUUUUGCCUGAGCCACACCAACCCAACGCUAUUGCCCCGGUCCAUGCGCAACCUUGAUCCCCGAUGCUAUGCUUUCCUCAGCAUUCUCCUCUGCGAGAAUGCUCGUGUUAGUCCUGCGCUGGUGCAGUUCUGCGCCGAGUUCCCAGAACCAGUCAUGGACAUUUACUCAGACCAGGAUGGCUUUCGUGAGGUAUACGAGAUGCGCGUCGCCGGUGUCAAAGAGUUUUUGAACAGGCUGCCUCGAAAUUGGGAUGGCUUGAUCAAGCGAUGCAAGGAAAGCUUGUCAGCGCCACCGGUCGUGCAAGAUAUUGUGGAAGCGCUCAAUAUAAGGGGCACCGUCUUGCAGACCGUGGUAUUCAGAGCCAUUGCUCGGAUGGUCUAUGGUAAUGACCCGAUACACACAAAAGCCAUCACAGCACUCGAGCAAGUACACCGACUGGAUCAAGAUGCAUAUUACGUGCACGGCCUUCAUAGACAUCCUCAAUGGAGGAUGGGUGCAUAUUUGGCGCUUCGUCAAGUCUAUGAGCAGUGGCAGAUUUUCCUCCAACGCCACCAAGAGCAUCGAAAUCCUUCUAUCGAGUUUGUAUUACCGCAGCAAGUCAUGGACCAUUUCCGUUCACCUCAUCCGAAUGCUGCGCGAAGCCAGCAGCCUCAAGUGCCCCAGCAAAGACGUCCUGGGCAUCCGCAAUCCGUUGCUUCACCAGACCAGAAUGUGUUGCAGCAACGCUUACUACAGGCGCAUCUCCAGAAUGGGCGCGGGAGUCCUGGAUCCAUUCAGCAACUUCAACAACCGCACCAGGCCCUAAUGCCGCCUCAAAACGCUUUCUCCGAGCAAUCUCAGACGCCCCAAGCGCGACCUAGACGACUUUUUCCUGCACAGAAUGAUGCAGCACCUCCGCAGCCUACACACCCUGACUUCCAUCGUGCAGCGCUGCAUCAAGCACUGCUUCGCAGUCCUAUCAUGAAGCCUGCCGCAGAUGAUGCAUCUCGACUAUACAGGCACGUUAUUGGAUUCGGUCUACCGCCCACCACGUUGAAGAAGGAUAUACCAGCCCAGAAGCUUUCCUUCAGUAUUCCGGCUCAGGCAAUGCAGAGCGUCGCGAAAAAUCUACCUGCUACGGUAGCCGGGGAGCCAGAACGACGAGACAUUAAGGAGGCUUCGCUCAUGUAUAGACUGCGUUGCUCUGUCGUACCGCCAAAGGGCUUCGUAUCCGAGAGCGAUUGGGUCACAGCGGAAAAUUACUGGCCGGAAGAGAUGAGGUUCAUGUUCAAUGACACCGUCUUGGAUGUCCGACGGAAGCUUCAGCACGGCCGCUAUGUACCAAUCGACCUGACUGCGCUGGUUCGGGAAGGCACGAAUAACCUGGAAGUGUUUAACAAAUGCAGAAAUAAGAAGCAAACACAUGCUGUGGCUAUCGAGGUGGUCGGCGUGAUAAGGCAGGAUUCCAUUGAGGCCAAAGCUUUGAGAAUCGCAGCAGAUCAAUCAUUAGAUUCCAUCAAGAGAUCGCUCUCGGGCGAUGAUGCGGGAGAUGAUGAUCUUGCAGUGACUUCCAGUGCGCUCACCAUCAAGCUAUUUGAUCCCUAUUCGGGAUGCAGGAUUUUCGACACGCCGGUACGAGGGUCUGCAUGUUUGCACAAGGAUUGCUUCGAUCUCCAGGUCUUUCUCGAAUGCUGCAAGCGGAAGGGCCCUGGCUGGCCGACCAUCAUUGAUUGCUGGCGCUGUCCCAUUUGCCGUGGCGACGUCCGUCCCCAGACACUCGUGCUCGACGAAUUCCUGGUGAGCGUCCGCGAGGAGCUGGCGAGACGUGGGCAGCUGGAUACGAGGGCCAUUAUUGUUCAAGCCGAUGGCACCUGGAAGGUGAAGGGUGAAGAUCGCGACGGUGUGCGGUCUCCGAGUCUUGAACGGGAGGAACAACGGAGGACUGCUUCUGCUACGGCGCCACAACCGAAUCGAGUUGCAGAAAUUAUUGAAUUGGAUUAG